AUGCCUUUUGGUCAAAUCGUUUGUGGACCACCUGGAAGUGGUAAGAGUACAUAUUGUGAUGGAAUGCAACAAUUUUUGAAAGGAAUUGGAAGAAAAGUAAUUGUAGUAAAUUUGGAUCCUGCCAAUGAAGGAUAUAAAUAUGAAUGUGCUGUGGAUAUUCAAGAUUUAGUUUCGAUAGAACCUGUGAUGGAGGAAUUAAAAUUAGGACCAAAUGGUGGACUUGUUUAUUGUAUAGAAUAUUUAAAGGAACAUAUGGAUGAUUGGUUAAAAACAGAGUUAAAACCAUAUAUUGAAGAUGAUUCGUAUUAUGUAAUUUUUGAUAUGCCUGGACAAAUUGAAUUAUAUACACAUUACAAUGUUGUGAGGGAUAUUUGUGACAAGUUAACAAAUGGCUGGCAUUUCAGAUUGUGUGCUGUUAAUUUAGUGGAUGCUCAUCAUUGUACAGAUCCAUCGAAAUAUAUUUCAAUUUUGAUGGUUUCCUUGUCGAUAAUGAUCAGAUUGGAACUUCCUCAUGUAAAUGUUUUGUCCAAGGUUGACUUGAUUCAACAAUAUGGAAAACUGGCUUUUGAUAUUGACUUUUAUACACAGGUUCAGGAUUUAUCCUAUUUGGAUACUCCACAAAACAAAGUUAAAAAUUACAGAAAUAGGUUCAAGAGGUUGAACAAGCUAAUGGCUGAUGUGAUUGAGGAUUAUUCACUCGUUUCAUUUUGCACUCUGAAUAUUCAAGAUAAGGAGAGCGUUCUGAGAGUAUUGAAAGCAGUAGACAGAGCAAGUGGAUAUGUGUUUGGAGCUUGUGAAGGUGAUAACACAUCAAUUCUUGAAUCGGCUACAAGUAAUUUAGGCUGGGCCUACGAAUCCAACGAUGAUGUGAGAAAAUACUUGAAUGAUGAUUAA